AUGAUUCAUAGUUUGGUGAGUUACUAAGCGAAUUAGACUAGAUUCGUCUACUCUACCUGGACCUGUACGACGUGUGGACUAGACGGGACUGCAGUUGUCAACUUUGAAAAGUUUCUUCCCACCAAAGCCAUUAAAAAUUGAUAGUUGUGAAGUGUUUAUUUUCGAGGUUAUGCAAGGGGUGCAGAAAAAUCUGUAAUGACAUGAAAUAUUGUGAUCCUAGAGCAUCAUGAAGUACUGCGAAAUGGCAGCAGAACUUGCAAGUAGUAGUCUGUCAGCUUUACGGAUUGAGGAGAGCUCAGACGUGACUGAUAGCAGGUGGUCACACAGCUCAAAAAGCUAUGAUGCUGUUGUAUUUGAUGUUUUGCGGGUUGCACCAGAAGAUUUUGCUAGUCAGUUGACCUUACUUGACCUUCCUGUGUUCAAGGCCAUGCAGCCAGAGGAGCUGACCAGUUGUGGCUGGAAUAAGAAGGAUAAACUCACUGUUGCUCCAAAUGUUUUAGGCUUAACAAGAAGAUUCAACCAUGUCAGUUUUUGGACUGUAAAGGAAAUUCUGAAUGGUCAGACAGCAAAACAACGAGGAGAAAUAGUUGCAUACUUUAUUAAGAUUGCCAAAAGACUUCAUGAACUUAAUAACUUGCAUUCGGAGUUUGCUAUCAUUUCUGCCCUCCAGAGUGCUCCAAUCUUCAGGCUUAGUAGGACAUGGGCACACAUUUCCAAAAAGGAAAAAGCCACCUUUGAAAAAUUGGCAGAGAUUUUUUCUGACAGGAACAAUUUCGAGAAAGUACGAGAACACAUGUCCAACCUCAAACUGCCUUGUAUUCCAUACCUAGGUAUAUUCCUCACAGACCUUGUAUAUAUAGAUGUUGCACAUCCAGAAUCCAAAGGACUCGAGAACCAUCACCGACACAUGAAAAUGAAUAACAUUCUUAGAAUAAUAGCAGACUUCCAGCAAUCCACAUAUGAUCACCUACCUGUUUUAUCACACGUCCAGAAUUACUUAAUGUCUGUACGGUACAUAGAAGAACUUCAAAGAUUUAUGGAAGAAGACAAUUACAAGUUUGUUUCAGAUCUUUUUAUGAUUGGUUUAUGGUCUUUCAUAUUUGCAUCAUCGAGCACCUAUGAAUUGACAACUCUUCAGUCAACAAAUGUAUGUAAAUUGAGACAUCUACUAGAUGACAGUGUUUUAGAAAUAUCUCCGCAGCUUUCGAGGGCAUCAUCUUUAGGUCCAGAUCAAGGAGAAAUUAAUAAUGGAUUAGAGCAUGUGGACGAAAGCUCUGAUUUCUUCCUUCCACUUAAACAUACCAGUGGCUCAGAAGAGCUACCCCAAGAAUUCAUUGAUGGACAAAUUAGGUUUCAAGGAUGUCUUAAGCGGAAAACAUUGCUCAAGGAAGGCAAAAAACCAGCAGUUUCAUCUUGGAUGAGGUAUUGGGUAAGCCUGUGGGGAACAUCCUUGAUUUACUUUUCUCCAAAAACUCUGAGAGGACAUGAAAGGGCAGAUUUCAAGUCCACUGCAAGUAAGAUGUCAUCAAUUGUGGGCUGGAUGGUUGUUCGAAGUGAAAACUCCCAGCAGUCCGAUACUUUCCAGCUAAGUGAUCCAUUGAAAGGGAACGUCUACAAGUUCCGAACUGGAACCAAAGCCAAGGCUGUUGAGUGGUGCCGUCACCUUCACGAUGCUACCAGUCAAUAUGAUAACCAGCCACCAGCCAAUCUGAUGACAUUUGAGUGAAGAAGUGACAAUAUGGAACUCUCCUGGUGCUCAAAAUUUGUAAAAAAUUUAAUCUUUACAACUUCAGUUGAUGGAAACCAUUUUAAACCAGAUCGUAAAGAGGGGACGUGAAGUCAUAAGUAGAGAUUGGUGUAGAAGUUUUCGUGAGACCACUUUUUGGAAAGUGAAAUAAUCACCAGUGGAGCGCAGAGAUUACAAACUUAGUAAAGACUUCUAUGGUUCAGAAAACAUUGAGAAAUCGGCAAUCACAAUCUCAAUUAUAAGAACUUCUACGAGAGUAUGCUCCUUUUUUUUUCAUCAUCAUCAUCCUUUCUCUCUUUCGUUUUUCUACAUCUGUGUCUCGUUGCCAAAUUUAUAAAGUAAUGAAAAGAAAUGUCCUUUAUGCAUGAAAGUUAUUCACUCGAAAUAUCAUUUUGUAAAAUGUAGAAAAACCACAUGAAAUGCUUUGAUUGAUUUUUUGUUAUAAGAAAAAUAUCAAAGUUAGGAUAUUUUUUGUUGUCUUUCAAAAUUUGUAGUGCAUACUGGAGGAUUUACACAUUUCGAUAAAAAGUUUAGAAAAAACGACCCUUUAUAUUAACCCUGAGGAAGCCUCAAAGUGAUUAAAAUAUAAAAAAAAUUAUAUAUAUGUCUGGAGUGUAAUGGUAAUUUUUUCUAAACUUUUUAUCAAAAUUAGAGAUAUAAACCAAGGAGGAAAAUGUCUAAUAAACAGCUGUUACUGCAUUGAAUUCCUUUUUUUAUUUUACACUAUACAUACGUGUUAGAUAUAAAAUACUUUUUUUUUACGAGAAAGGUGAGAUAUGUAUAGUUCCUACUCUGAGGUUUGUAGUUUAUGAGUAAAGGUAGGUUAAAAUAUUCAAAUGUGUAAAUAUUCGUAUACAUUUCUGUAUAUGUGUACAUAUGUAUUGGUGAUGUAACUGUAUAAAAUUAUUAUUAAGCCUUACACUAGUGCUGGUCAAUAGCUUCCAUGUGUAAAAUAAAGGAACCUGUGCCUUAUGGCUCAUCUAUUAGAAAAUGGUGCUGUUACGUUGUGAUGUUAAUUUCAUGAUUGGUUUACAUGAGUUCCUUAAAAUAUUUCUUGAUAGUCUUGUAUAUACAUAGCUUCACUCUGAAUUUUUGUUUAAAAUGACUAAAAAGAACUGAUUAGAAAAUACGCUAAUGGUGACUUUGUUGUUUUUAAGUGAUAAAUUGUUAGCCAUUCAUUAGAAUAUCAGCUGUUACAGUUUUUCCUUUAAUUGUUAAUAGUAUUUACAAAUAAAAAAACCUUAAAUCUUUUCAGUGCUGGAGGGAAGUUUGAUAAUGUUUAUUACAGUAGUGCCCAAUAUGGAGGUUAUUAAACAAUUCUGCUGUUUAACCUUUAGUAAAGUUUAUUUAGUGAUUAUUGGUACUGUGUGUCAUAAUAAUUCAAAGCAAUAGUUUGCAGAACAGGAAAGCAUAAUUUACUAUUUAUCAGAAUAAAGUGAAUUACUAGAACAGAAACUAUUUCCAUAACCCAUUUUCGUAAGUGGCUCAUCCGAAAAUUUUCUGGAUACUUGAGCAGAUUCUUUUAUCCAAUGAACGUAAAAAAAUUCUGUAACAAACCUGAUUUUAUAAUGUAUUACCAACUAACUUUGUAAACCAAAAUAUUAUUUAGUUGUGAUUUGAAUCUUUUGUCCUCAAACAUGUAUUAUAACAUGAACAGUGAUGGAUUCUGUUGGAAAGCACCUGGAUUAUAGGGCUCUGUGAAAAUACCAGUGAUUUAUUUCGGGCCAAACCAGUAGCUAUGACGUGUGGAAUGUAACAGUUUGUAAGGUCGUCCAUCCUCUUUGUUAUUGUAAAUUUUGUUUGAUGUACACUGCAAUAAGUAGGCAUCAGUCAACAGUCAACAUUAUUGACUGACAAAGCAAACUGUACACUUUUCUGCAACCAACCUUUUGAUUAGUACCUCCUCACUUGAUUCCUUAAUACAAUUACUUCCUUAGUGAUGAUCCAUUCCAGUAUUGAUUUCUUUUAUUUAAUAAUUUUGAUUCCCAGUUUGGCACAGAAUAUUUCCUUGGACCCUCCGUUUUUGUAAAUACGACAACAGUUGAUUAAGUGAUUUAGCAUGAACCAAUUGAUUCUGUUUCUUUUCCGGUCCUUAUCCUUGUGUGUUUCUGACACAGUCCCUGGUGAACUGACAAGUUUGAAUAAGUAUUUCUCUAGUUUCUCAAUGUGGUUGAUAUUAUGUGGAACACUUCUUUAAAAUAUAAGAAAGCAGAGUAUGAGACUCGAGACAUGAACCAAUUAAUUCUGUUUCUUUUCCGGUCCUUAUCCUUGUGUGUUUCUGACACAGUCCCUGGUGAACUGACAAGUUUGAAUAAGUAUUUCUCUAGUUUCUCAAUGUGGUUGAUAUUAUGUGGAACACUUCUUUAAAGUAUAAGAAAGCAGAGUAUGAGACUCGAGACAUGAACCAAUUAUUAUGAAGUGACAUUUUUUAAAUUAAACUUUUUUUCACACUCUUCAUAUAAUCAAGUUAUAAGCUGAUAGAGGACAUCAAGGAUUGGCACUUCUAUGUAUUUUUGAAUCGCGCGGAUACGGUACCAAAGCUUUAUGUAGUUGUGCUGACUUUGCAGAGAGGAAAGAAUAAAUAUAAGGUACUUCAAUGUAAUUUCUUGAAACAUCUCAUUUCUGUCUUAAACUGCUGUUUAAUAUUUAGCCAGUCACAAAUUAUUUUGAAUUUAUCAGUUCUUUAGCUCGAAAUGUCUAAAACAGUCUGUUUACUUUUAAAAUAAAUAUUAAAUUCGACUAUUUUUUUCUAGAUCUGCUCUAAAACAAUAUGUGGCUAAUUAUUUUUUGAAUUUCUCCUAUUAUUACCUAAACUUUAUAUUGAUGGUCUUUGAGAUGCCUUGGGUCCACCUAAAAACUUAACUCCCAUUAUAUUUCAUAAAUUCCAACCAGAUCUAGACUUAAAAAUUUGGAUGUAUUAAUUAUGAGGAAUAACAGGAAGAUAUCAAUCCACACUUACAUUGGUAAAUCUUAUGAGUGUUACUAAAAUAAAAACUCGGGAGCUAGUAUGCUUGGAAACAUUAGUGCUUAUUUAUAGAAAGUAUUUUCACAAUAUGUAGGAGGCUGACUAAUGAAUAAAUGACACAACAUGGGAAUUAUUCAAAAUUAAAUUUUUUUUUUUUCUGUGAUAAUACUUGGCAAAUUCCAGUUAACCAACACAUUCCUAAUUUUCUAUAUAUUAUGGAAUCGUUAAAGCUAAAAAAAUCCGACGUAUCUGUAAACCUUAAUUUUGUGCCGAUUAAAGAUCGUUAUUCAGUUUAUAUGAAACGUACGAAGUGUUCUGUAGAAAAUUUAUUUCAGGAUGACUUACAGGCAAAAAAAAUUGUGGUGUAGUGUUCUUAAAAACAAUAUUAAUUAUUGGAGUAUCGAUUCAAUAUCCACCACCCUGCGUAUUUUAUUAUUAACUAAACAUCUGAAUAUGACUCGGUUUCCUUAAGAAUUGAAAUGCUUUAUCUUUUUAUAGUUAUUUUGCAACUGAUUGAUGUUAUUUAUAUCUUCUUUUUAUUAUUCAUUUUGAGUGAAAAUCUAAUCCCCAAACUUUUAUUUUUGGUUGUACAAUGUACAUUUUCUUUGUUUUUAUGUUGUUUUUUUUUAAAUGUUCAUUUGGUUCUUGUGACAAUAAAUAUAAAUAUGCAGUUUGUCCAAAUGUAGCUACUGAAUUACUUUUACCAUAAAAACAACAUGAAAUAAAGUACGUUGUUAAAUUUUACA